CUUCUACUGGUCGAUCUAAUCCUAAAACUUUUUAGAAAUAACUACACCCUCUAGCUCACCGCAUCGUCGCGUCGUGCAUGACCAUCUCCAUGCGGCGCGCUGCGGCGUAAAAAAUUUGAAAAGAUUUUUCUGCAGGCUUAAAAAGAUUCAGCAUCUUAUACCAUCACCUCAUAUCCCAGCUAUGUCUUCCACCACUGACAUUUUGGAUCUCUUUACGGAAGACCCGACUGCGGUGUUUGCCCAGUCUGUGGAAAGCCAGGAUUCCGUGCUCCAGACCAUCAAACAGUACUUGGACCCUGUCAUCAAGGCCAACACCGACGCCGAAAACCAACAAAGAUCGAUCAUCGACGAGAUAUAUGUAGAUGGCUUGGAUUCCUCCCAGGUAUGGGGCCAGGCCAAGUUGAUCAUCGAUGAUGUUUCGGAAAACUUGUUAUCCGAGAAGAUUCCCGAGUUGAAGGCACUUUUUUCCGUUGAGUUUGCGGACGAGGAAGAAUCGGGAGAGGAAUCUGCCGAAGGCUCUGGCUUAGAAGACUUGGGUUCAGACGAGGAGUUGGGCUCUGAAGAGGAAUUGGAAGGAUCUGAGGAUGACUUGGAUGUUGAAGGUGGACUGGAAGAAUCACAAGAUGAAUUGGAAGAAUCUGAAGCUGAGUUGGACGUCAAAGUACCUGAAUCAGAGGAAGAGACCGUGACCGUCACAACCACCGCAAAGAAAGAUGCAUUCGGCCUUAAUGACGACUUCUUUGACAUCGAUGAGUUCAACAGACAGACCCUUGCUGCGGAAAAUAUGGACGACAACCAGGAAGACGACGGAAUCGACAUGUUUGGCGACUUGAGCGACUCUGACGAAGACGACGUGGCUUAUUUCAACGAUUUCUUUGACAAACCGAACGAACAGACCAAAGUUGUGGCCAAAAAGUCCAAGAAAGCCGAGGAGGAAGAGGAGGAAGAAUUUGACUUUAAUGAAGACGACUACGACAACGCCAUGAAUGGUGCCAUGAUGGACCUUUUCGCUGACGAAGACACGCAACAAGAGCCGGCUGAGGAAAACAUGUCGUCAUUCCAAAAGCAUCAAAAACUCAUCCAGGAGGAGAUUACCAAGUUGGAAGAGGAGGCCGUGGCGGUCAAGAAGUGGUCGAUGAGGGGUGAGGCCAAGGCCCGUGACCGUCCAAUGGACUCUUUGCUCGAGGAGGAGUUGGAGUUUGAGCGAACCGCAAAGCCGGUGCCUGUAAUCACAAAGGAGUCGACCGAGUCGCUUGAGGAGAUGAUCAGAAGAAGAAUCAAGGCGGAAGAAUGGGAUGACCUUCCAAGACGGGUGGUCACCGACUUGAAAAAUUUCCGUUCCUCCAACCGUUUUGAGCUUAGCGAAACCAAAUCUUCCAAGUCUUUGGCGCAGUUGUACGAGGACGAUUACCAAAACGCUACCGGUGCCACCACCGCGCCUUCGGCUGCCAGCGAUGAGUUGACAAAGGCCCACGAGGAGAUUACCGCCAUGUACCAGUCGUUAUCCCACAAGUUAGAUGCUUUGUGCUCCGCCCACUUUGUUCCGAAGCCACAACAGAAAUCGUUGGAGGUCAAGGUUAACACCAACGCCAUUGCAAUGGAAGAUGCUCAGCCAUUGACAGGCUCCACCACCCAGACCCUCGCCCCACAAGAAAUCUACAAUCCGACAGACGCUCGUGGGUUAAAGACCGGUAACGGUGAAAUCAAGUUGAAAUCGGGUCUUGUAAUGUCCAAGGACGAGUUGUCGCGCGACGACAAGCAGAGAUUGCGCAGAGCUGUUAAGAGAAAGAGAGGCAAGGAGGUUGCCGAAAAGGCGAUUGCUGCGAAACAGUCUGGCACCCCAGCUACUAAAAAGUCAAAGACUAAUGAUGUCAUUGAGACCUUGGCCAACGCUUCUAAUAUCACCGUUGUGGGCAAGAAGGGUGAGAUGAGAGACGUCAAGGGUAACUUGAAGAAGGGCAAGGUCCAAACCGGCAGUUCUGGAUUGAAGUUAUAGGGAAAUAAUAUUGUAUCAUAGGAAAGAAAUGUAUGGAUUAGAGUGGGAUAUUUGGCGAGAAUACAACCCUGAAAGAGGAAUUGCACCGUUUGGGAAUAUCUCUGUUGGGAUUGAUAAUGUUACAAAAUUUGGGUAGGUGAUGCCAAACCAAUCAAAACUUAUACGCAUCGAGGUCGGUAAGACAAUAUAUGAUCCUAAUACUGAGUUGAUUCAGGUUCAUGAGAACAAGUAUGGGAGAAAUUAUCAACACAAAUCCCAAAGAUAAACC